UUAUAUCACCUCUACUAGAUAAGCAUAUUUAUCCAGAGCUUAAUAAUGGCUACCCUCAUUACUCCUCACCAGUUUUCUCCUGUUGAAGAUGCUGAAGCUCUCCGAAAGGCCUGCAAAGGAUGGACAAUUGAUGAGAAGGCAAUAAUCAAAGUACUCGGACAUAGAAGUGCAACUCAAAGGAAGCAAAUUAGGCAAACUUAUGAGGAGCUCUAUGAAGAAGAUCUUGUCCAGUGUCUUGAGUCUGUGCUGUACGGGAACUUUGAGAAAGCGGUUUACCGGUGGAUAUUGGAUCCGGGAGAUAGAGAUGCUGUUUUGGCAAAUGUAGCCGUUAAGAAAGCUAAGUCUAAUUAUCAUGUGAUAAUUGAAAUUUCAUGCAUCCUUUCUCCUGAAGAACUGUUGGUGGUGAGACGAGCCUACCAAAGUCGCUUCAAGAGUUCCUUGGAAGAAGAUGUGGCUGCCCAUACCACCGGGGAUUUGCGCCAGCUCUUGGUUGCCCUAGCGAGUGCUUAUAGGUAUGAUGGGCAUGAGGUAAAUGAAAGAUUAGCAAAAUCUGAAGCUGAUAUUCUUCACGAUGCUAUCAAAAACAAAGCAUUUAAUCGUGAAGAAGUUACCAGGAUCCUGGGUACAAGGAGCAAGACACAGCUCAGGGCAAUUUUUAACAGCUACAAAGAUGUGCAUCACACUCCCAUCACUACGAAUUUGUCGGCUUAUCCGCAUAGUGACCUACAAAAGGCAUUGUGUACUGCAAUUCGGUGCAUCAAUGAUCCAAAAAAGUACUUUGAAAAGUUGGUGCGCAAUGCAAUCAAAGGGGUUGGUACAGAUGAGGAGGCACUCACUCGUGUGAUUGUCACAAGGGCAGAGAGAGACUUGAAUGGCAUCAAGGAGCUUUUCUACCUGAGGAACAGUGUUUCCCUUGAUCAUGCUGUGGCCAAGGAAACUUCAGGGAGUUACAAGGCCUUCCUCCUUGCUUUGCUUGGGAAGGAAGAUUGAGAUCAUAAUUCUUUCCUAAAUAUGGGAGGGGGCCUUUUAGAAUUUAUGUUAUCAUCAGUAAUGGUGGUGUUCUCAGUUGGACUUUGAUGCUGGGGUGUCUUUAUUUUCUGUGCUAUCUUGUCUUGAAUUUCUAUUGAGUGUGAAUAUGUAUGUUUACCUUAAUUUGUGUCUAGUGUUUUCUUAAGGGCUUGGUUGUCAACGGGAGACAAGGACGGAAUCAGAAUUUUUUAUUUCGAGAAAAGUAGGGGUCAAAGUAUGAACCAAA